AUGCGGUAGUGGUGGAUAACUGUCAUGGCUGCCGGUCUGAAUCUGUAGCUAAACUUUCACUUUGUUCUGGAGACACAGCGGUUAUGGCGACGUUUUUCGGAGAAGUUCUGUCGGUGUAUUCUCGGGCCGUGGAGGAAGACGACGAAGAAUUAGAGGAAAACGAAGAAGAUGAAGAAAUCCGCAGAGAACUGGAGGAGAAGAGGGAGGUUCGUCUGCACUGGAGUCCUGAAGUCUCAGAGGCGCUGAGGUCUGGAAACAAGCUGCAGUGCUCCGACUUCAUCCUCGCUGUGGGACACAACGCUGCCAGCUUUCUGUCAGUGUACGUUCUCAGCUCUGCAAACUGGGACGCAGUUGGACAUGCAUCAGUGUGGAACGAGAGGAGUCGGGCUGUAACUGGGCAAAACAGCGAGGACUCAGCUUGUGUUUUCUACAGACACAAGGACAACCCAUCGGUUUUGAUCUGCCAAGUGACGUGCUACCUUGCAGAAGACCAGCUUUUUCAAUGGACAGAAAAGGUGUUUGAGUGUCUGCAGCACAGACAGCUGAACGUGAUUGUGCUGUCAGACAGCUCUGUGGCUGAUUACAAGACAGCCGACUAUCUGUGCAGCAGCUCGGCUCCUUUCCUCCGUUCUCUCCACACCAGUGCUUUCAGUGAUCAGCCUGUCUGCCAGCCGCUGGAGCAGCCCAACAUAGUUACCGGACUUCCAGCUGCAGUACUGAACCACUGCCAGGUCCACCGCAUCGCCGCUGUUGUUUACCAGUGUUACAGUGAUGUCAUCGGCCCCGACUCUGUCACCAUGGAGACCUAUAAGCUUGCACUAACCAAGCUUGGCAGGUCCAUACAGUUGGAUCCGUCUCCCAGCACUGACAUCCUCCGCAAAUUUGCCAGAACCACCGACAUUCAAAGUAAUCUGUACGUCUAAGAGCGUCCAUAUUUCACACUGUGCAGUGAAAUUUAACUAUAUUUUCAUGUGCUAAAUAUUGUCAUUUUUUAAAAUAAAGAUAAUAAGUAAAAAAAAACAAAGUGCCUCUUUAAAUUUAAUCAGUUUAAUGAUUUAUUUCGAUCUGUCCAUAAAUACUGUGUCAUAUUAGUUUCCAAAGAGAAGCAAAUUCUAAUGAGCAUGUACCUUUUUUGUUGUUCCAAUUUAUAAUGUGAAAAGUUAGGAAUAAAUUAAAUGCAUACUGAGGCAAUUACAGUGUGCCUGUAUAGUUUGACAUGAAGACACAGGAAGAAAUUUUAAAACAAGGUCAAAAAACAGUUUCAAUUACUUAAAGCAACAGAUUUUGUGAUGGCUUUAAAUCCUUUAUGAUUCCUAAAUAAAGAGUGCUGUUGUUAUUUU